AUGUCGCUGGACGAGUCGUCGGUGCUGAUGGACCGCGCGCUGGUGACCAUGUGCCAGGAGCUGCCCGAGUCGCUGGGGCUGUACAACACGGCCAAGGACCAGCUCUCGCUGGCGGCCAUCCGCGCCGUGCCGCUGCUGGAGGGCGUGGGCCCGGACUCGCGCAAGCUCGCGCUGAUCCGCGACUGGAUGCGCGCGUACGAGCCGGCCGAGGACCAGCCGCUGUCGGCCGAGAUCAGCAUGGACUCGCUCAGGGAGACGGACCGCCGCGAGCGCAAGGAGCGCGAGCGCCAGCUGCAGGAGGAGAAGCACGCGCAGCUCACGAGCGAGAGCGCGGCCGAGAGCGACGACCGGAGGCGCCGCAAGCGCCAGCGCAAGAAGGACAGGGCCGCGGCCAAGGAGCGCGAGCGCGCCAGCAAGGACAAGGCCAAAGGCAAGGACAAGGCCAAGGCCAAGGCCAAGCCCAAGAAGGCUGCCGCCAAGCAGAAGAAGGCCAAGAGCAAGCAGAGCGGCAAGACCAGAGCGUCCUCCGCUGGCGGCGGCCGCAAGCGCCACGUGCAGCUGGACAGCGACGACGACGUGCUGUCCCUUGAAGAGUCCAGCAGCACGAGCGAGGAGUCGUCGUCCGACUCGAGCGACUCGAGCGACUCGGACAGCGACAGCAGGUCCAAGAAGCGCAAGAAGGCGUCCUCGGGCAACCUGCCACCCAAGGAGAUCGUACUGUCCUCGGACGAGGACGACGAGCCCAACGAGAUGUUCGACACGGACGACCCGGACGUGUACGAGGUGGAGAAGAUCCUGCGAAAGAAGGCCGGCGCCAGCUACGGCGACCCGGAUUUGUAUGAAGUCAAGUGGGAAGGCUACGAGGAGACCACGUGGGAGCCCGCCACCAACAUCUCCAAGGACCUGAUCGACGAGUUCGAGGGCCAGCCCGUGCGCGAAGACGUGUACACGGUGGAGGAAAUCGUGGAUCGCCGCAGCAAGCGCGACCCCACCACGAGGCUUAAGACGUACCAGUACAAGGUCAAGUGGGUCGGCUACGACGACCUCACGUGGGAGCCCGCCGAGAACCUCCCGCACAACCUGCGACGAAAGUUCGACCAGAAGUACGAGAACCGGAAACGUCGACGGUCGUGA